AUGGAGGAUGGAACCAAGACUACACCCACUGUUUACAUCAAUUGCGUCGACACAUUACAGUAUUCCUUCGCCAGCCACCUCUCCAUGGAACUCCGACGGAAAGGUAUUUCUACAAUAUUUGUUAACUCCAACGGGGCUCUCGAUGUGAUAGAAGAAGCUAGCGCUUCGGUGAUUAUUUUCUCUAAGGACUGCUUAUCUUCUGCGUCAUACCUGGACAAGCUCGUUACGGUACUCCAAUGGCAGAGGGAAAAAAAGAUGCUGGUGGUUCCAGUCUUCUAUGGCAUUAGUCCAUCAGACAUUGUGGUGGUGCCGGAGGAGCACGGGUCAGAUGAUCGAAUAAGAGAAUGGAGUAGUGCGCUCAAAGAACUAAGAAAAUUACCACCUCACCAGUCUAGGGAAGGAUGCGACGAUUCUGAACUUGUAGAUGAGAUUGUCAAAACUGUUUAUGAGAAACUCUUUCCCACGAAAAAAAUUGGAAUCAACUCGAGGCUGCUGGAGUUCGAAAACUUGGUAAGCAAGCAACCAUGGGGUAUCCGUCGGAUAGGAAUGUGGGGAAUGCCUGGAAUUGGCAAGACAACGCUUGCUAAGACAGUUUUUGACCAAAUUUCUAGAAGCUACGAAGCUUCUUGUUUUAUCAAACACUUUGACGAAGCUUUCCAUGAGAAGGGAAUUCAUUCUUUGUUGGAGGAACAUUUUGGGAAAACUUUGAAAGAAUUGCGACGCAUCCCUAGUGACAAGUUAAACGAGAAGAGAACUCUUGUUGUUCUAGACGAUGUGCAGAAUGCUUCAGCUGCCGAGUCUUUCCUCAGAGGGGUUCACUGGUUUAGCCCGGGAAGCCUAAUAAUCAUAACCUCUAGAGAUAAACAAGUGUACCGCCAUUGUCAGAUAAAUCAUGUGUAUGAGGUUCAGAGCUUAAACGAGAAGGAGUCUCUGCAGCUAUUUUCUCAGUGUGCAUUUGGUAAUGACACAAGAUAUCAAGAACUCCUGGAACUGUCAAUGGAAGUGAUUGACUAUGCUAGUGGAAAUCCAUUCGCUCUCAGCUAUUACGGGAAAGAGCUCCAAGGAAAGAAAUUGUCCGAUACGAAGAUCACAUUCCUCGAGCUCAAGCGACGCACGCAGGAUAAGAUUCAUGAUUUAUUCAGGAGAAGCUACGACGCACUGAAUGACAAGGAGAAGAACAUUUUUCUGGACAUUGCUUGUUUCUUCAAGGGAGAAGAUGUUGAUUAUGUGAUGCAUCUGCUUGAAGGAUGUGGCUUUCUUCCACAUGUUGGGAUCGAUGUUCUUGUGGAGAAGGCUCUGGUGACUAUUUCAGACAAAAGAGUGAACAUGCAUAAUCUCAUCCAAGACUUUGGCCGAGAAAUCAUCAGCGAGAGGCUUAGCAGACUGUGGGAACCUUGGAGCAUCAAAUCUCUACUUGAAGAUGACGAAUUCAAAGAAGAACGUGCACUGGACACUGAAGACAUAGAAGGCAUAUAUCUAGACACAUCGAAUUUACUCGUUGAUGUGAAGCCCACUGCUUUUAAUAAUAUUUUUGGCCUAAGGCUCCUUAAGAUCUACGGUUCCAGUUACGGAAAAGAUAGUGGACUUCGCCUUCCCAAAGGACUUGAGUCUCUGCCUAAAGAGCUAAGACUCCUCCACUGGGAGAACUAUCCUUUGAAAUCCUUGCCCCGAGACUUUGACCCAUGCCACCUUGUUCAACUCAAUUUGUCUUACAGUCAGCUUCAUAAACUUUGGGAAGGAACUAAGAAUCUCAAGAUGCUGAAGGUGGUCAGGCUUUGUCAUUCUCAGCAGCUAACUGAUAUAAGCGAUCUUUGUACAGCUAAAGAUCUCGAGGUGUUAGAUCUCCGAGGGUGUACACAACUGCAGAGAUUUCCAGCCAUGGGUCAGUUACGGCAUCUCAGAGUUGUGAAUCUUUCAGGUUGCACAGGGAUCAGAAGUUUCCCAGAGGUUUCACCAAAUAUUAAGGAACUAUAUCUACAGGGAACUGGUAUUAGAGAUUUACCAGUAUCCACUGUCACCCUCUCUCGGCAAGUUAAGCUUAACAGAGAUCUCCCCAAUCUUCUAAAAGAAUUUCCAGAGGUUUCAGAUGUUUUAAACCAUGAGCGACUAACAAGCCUAAUCAAACCCGUGUCAGCGCAACCACAUCUUGGUAAACUUGUUCGCCUGAAUAUGAAAGAUUGUGUUCAUUUGACAAGUCUGCCUGACAUGGCUGAUUUAGAAUCUCUUCAAGUUCUUGAUCUGUCUGGAUGCUCGAAGCUCAGCGUUAUUCAGGGUUUCCCACGAAACCUGAAAGAAUUAUAUCUUGCUGGGACGUCCAUAAAAGAAUCUCCACAGCUUCCCUUGAGUAUUGAAAUCUUGAAUGUACAUGGUUGUGUGUCUCGAGCAGCUUCCUAA